UUCUGCAGACGGCAGAUGGCACGAUUGCUCCAGAAUAAAAGUUUCACAAAGCAAACCAGAACUAAGUUUGAAACAAUCAUCCUUUAGCAUUGCACAGAGUGACGCUGCAAGUUAACAAUAAAGCUGUGAGUUGAAGGCAGUGAGUGGCGGGGUUGCGUUGUGUUGUGGAGCCAUUGUACACGGUCUUUAGUUGCUCCCACUCAACCCGGGGAAGUUCAUCCGUGGAAGGCGGCGGCGGCGGGAGCGGGAGGACCGUGACCGCAGGGGGGGUCACCAUGGAUGGAGCUGCCUGCUCGGCCACCGCUCCCCACUCGGCGCCGAGGCCCGGCUCUGGGAUGUCCCCGGGCAGAAGCGCAAUGUCCCAGUGACUGCGGGCGGCGAAAUACUCCACAGAGGGGAACACAAGUUAUAGUGGAGGAGAGGUUUGGAGCUGUGGUCACCUGCGGCCAGACAUGCUGUCACGUGCUAAUGGGAUCCUGAUGAAUGGAUCGGCCUUUGACGCAGGGACCGCAAGCUGGGAAAGUGCAUGGUCUACUCGCAGUCGGUUACUUUAGCCUGGGGAUUAACAUUGCAUUCCUAACAUCUCUCUCCAAGAGAUUCCUAAAAUUUAGGACAACCUAAUUCCUGUUUGUGUGACACUGCCCUGUGCAGAUAAGCUUUCAGCAAAGAAUGGAGGCUUCGUGCCUUGAGCUUGCCCUCGAAGGGGAACGGCUGUGCAAAACUGGAGAUUUCAAGGCUGGAGUGGCCUUCUUUGAAGCUGCUGUGCAGGUUGGGACAGAGGACCUGAAGACUUUGAGCGCCAUCUACAGUCAGCUGGGCAAUGCCUACUUUUACUUGAAGGAAUAUUCCAAGGCUCUGGAGUACCACAAGCAUGAUCUAACCCUGGCCAGGACCAUUGGGGAUCGGAUUGGUGAGGCAAAAGCUAGUGGUAAUCUUGGAAAUACAUUGAAGAUACUUGGCAACUUUGAUGAAGCAAUUGCUUGUUGUCAGAGGCACCUGGACAUCUCGAUAGAACAGAAGGAUAAGGUCAGUGAAGCACGAGCACAGUACAACAUUGGCAAUGUUUUUCAUGCCAAAGGGAAGCAGUUGUCCUGGCUCACAGCCCAGGAAUCCGGAGACUUGCCGAGUGAAGUGAAGGAAACUUUAGAGAAGGCCACUGAGCACUAUGAGAUGAAUCUUAAAAUUGUCAAAGAAUUAGGUGAUCGAGCAGCUCAAGGCCGAGCCUAUGGUAAUCUUGGCAACACACAUUAUCUUUUAGGAAACUACAACAAUGCCAUUUCGUUUCACAAGGAGCGUCUUUCAAUAGCUAAAGAAUUUGGUGAUAAAGCAGCUGAGAGAAGGGCCUACAGCAACCUGGGGAACGCACACAUAUUCCUGGGGAAAUUUGAUGUGGCUGCUGAAUAUUACAAAAAAACUCUUCAUAUGUCAAGACAGCUGAAGGACCAGGCAGUUGAAGCUCAAGCUUGUUAUAGCCUGGGCAACACACAUACUCUGCUGGAGGAUUAUGAGAAAGCUAUCGACUACCAUCUCAAACAUCUUUCCAUUGCUCAGGAACUGAAUGAUAGAGUUGGCGAAGGAAGAGCGUGUUGGAGUCUGGGAAAUGCCUACGUAUCACUUGGGAGCCAUGAGCAAGGGCUACAUUUUGCGUCAAGACACCUAGAAAUCUCCAGAAAGAUCGGCGAUCGAAGUGGUGAACUUGCAGCCAGUUUUAAUGUGACAAAACAGCAGUCGGUGCUCGGCAUGAGCUCAGCUCCAGAGAAUAGACAGUCGACUCCUUACCACUCCGAUUAUGAAGCACAAGGAGCUCGGCCAAGAAUAGCGGCCCGGUACAGCAUGGAGAACAUGAGCAUCGUCAAGUUUUCACCAGAUAAGGACCAAAAUGGAGAACUAACUGGAGAGUACCAUUCCAACGAUCUUGAAGGCACAGUUAAAACACCCCAGAUUAGUAAACUAAGGAAUAGAAAGUUUAACGACAGUCAAUCAAGCACAGAAAGUAAACCGCAAGGAGCCAGUACAUUGUUGCCUUUGGUGGAUGCCAGUGACGUCAGACUUCAAGUGGCCCCAAUGAGGGUAAACCGGGAUCCUUCAGAUGAAGACUGCUUUUUCGAUCUACUAAGUCGUUUCCAAAGUAAUCGUAUGGAUGACCAGCGCUGCACGUUUGAAGAGCAACAGAAUGGCUUGACUGGGAGUACAUCAACCCCAGUGUCUCCUCUGCAGGACAGAAUAUCUCAGACAUCACUCAUUACAUCCCCGCAGACAGAGGAAUUUUUUGACUUGAUAGCAAGUUCUCAGAGUCGGAGGUUAGAUGAUCAACGAGCCAACGUGGGCGGCCUGCCUGGACUGAGGAUCACGCACAACAACAGCCAGGUGGUGAUGGGGCAUCUGCGGCCCGAUGGAGAUCCUCAGGAGCCCGGAGAUGAUUUCUUCAACAUGUUAAUGAAAUGCCAGUCGUCCAGGAUAGAUGACCAGAGAUGUGCUCCUCCCAGCCCGACACCAAGAGGACCCACUGUCCCCGACGAGGAUUUUUUCAGCCUGAUCCAGAGGGUGCAGGCUAAGCGGAUGGACGAGCAGCGUGUUGACCUUCCCUCCAACCGUGAAGGGCUGGAACAGAGCGGGCCUAGCUCCUGCUGAGCAGUGUGCGGCUGACAGACUUGUAAACAAGCUGGACUUGCUGUGCGGAUCAAUGCCCCUGCCAACACUACAAGGGAGCCCAGGCCAAAAGCUGUCCACACUGCCCCUGUGAGAUCACCACAUGCUUCUAGACAACUGCUUAAAGCUCCUCACAAUUAAUGAACCAAAAUAUGAACAUUUUAUGCUUUAUUUCAAAUGGUACAAGAGUUAUCCAUGGGAGGUGAAAAGAUGUAAGCACAUCAUUAGGUAAAUUUGCACACGGUGACAUUGAAUGAAUGUAACACUGCAGGUACUGUAGGACAUGUGGGUCUGUAGUCACAUGCAGAUUUCAACAGACUUAUACACAGAGUGCGUGCAGGCAAAAUGACGUGCACACAUACAUGUCACUCGGCUCAAUUCAUACAGUUCACGGGUGCAGACACAUCUCAUACAUUAUCUCACAAACAUUAUGGAUAUUAUACACCUCAUACAUACAAACAAACCACAUUCCAUGUUCAAUCCACCCACCCUAGAGCCACUUAGAGAUUGAUUAAUUUCCUUGCUUUGAUUUUUCAUAAAAGAACAUUGGUCGAACAGAUUGUUUUCCUUUAUUGAAGGUGUUGCUUCUAAUUUCGCUGUCGUGAAGUUUCAGUGACAGAUUUUAACUUUUAAAUUUACAAAAUUAAACAAAGCAUUUUGACAAUAUGUGGCAAGACGUUGCAGCCCUCUUCAACUUGUGCAUUGUGUGCACCAUAUCUUACACAUCGAGGUGAGACCAAAAUCCUCCAUGUUACGGAUGAUCUAUUGAGCUGUAUAUUACGUGAAUCAGUCCCGAGAGACAUGAACACUGACAAUGCCACAGAUUUUCUACGGGAACAAUUUGGAAUCCUGGCUAAUUCUAUCGAGAACCCAGAGGUGCUCUAUUUACUAACAGUAUGUGGAAACCCUGGGAUUGCAUCAGGACUGCCUGUCAAAAAGCACUAGGAAUUUAAGUGAAAGUUACUACAUGCAAUUAAAAGGGAGUAAAUAAUAGCAUAAUACUAAUGACAAACAGUGUCAUCUUGAAAUCACAAUUGUUAUGAGUUUGUAUGGAAUUAUUUUCCCCUGCUAUCAAAAACACUUAAAGACAUAUAGGCUAAUGCAACAGUUAAAACAGUGGAUUGAGAAUUAAGGACAUAUUGGUGCUACAAACUGAUGCUGUAUUUCACAGCCAAGGUAUACAUCAUGCAAUUUAUCUGCAUCUAUAGUUCCAUAAGGCAUUUCUGUAGAAAGUUUUUCUUUGUUUCAGAAAAUGAAUGUAAUUAGGAACCAUGGCAGAAGCAAUCUCAUGCUAUUCUCAAUCUGUUGUCUUCGCUGGAAGCAUGGUGACUGCAUUUCCUUACUCCAACCCCCAAGUUGGUUAAAGACAAAAUUGAAUUUGCUGUUAUUUUAUAUAUAAAAUUUGCAAUUUUCCAAAUUUCUCCAAACUCCUGUUUCUCCUUGUAACUGUCUUCUGCAUUAUCCGUUUCCUACCUCUAUUACAAGCAGUUGAAAGACAAAUUCUCAGUGCGAGGCUCCUUGGUGCCACACUGAAAUCAUAAUGUUACUGCAUUUUUAAAUGAUAAUAAUUGCUUUGUAUUUUAAAAAAAAUUGUGUUUUAUGAUUAACCUGAGUGCCACAGUGGAGCUUAGUUUGCCCCAGCUGGUGAAAUAAAAUGGUUCCACUGCUCUAAAAGAGCUGGCUGCCAGUUAUCCUUGAACCCAACAUCAGUAUAAGAAGAUAGGUGCCUCACUGUUUGUGGGUUUUGCUGGGCACACUUCAACCACUGACUGGUUUCAGAAGUAAUUCAUUGGCUGUGAAAUGAUUUGUGGCAUCCUUCACAUUGUGGAAAAUUGAAGAGAAAUGCAAGUGCUUCAAAUGUUAUACAUGGUGUUUGGAGGAGGACUGAUCAAUGUAUCCAGUAUCGAGUCACACGGCUGGACCCAGCACUGAGACCCAGUCAGUGCAGCCUGGUGAUGAACUCUCAACCUACACCAGCAUCAGUCCUUAAAAUGUGAAGAAAGUGACCUAAUGCCUCCUUUGGUACCAAUACCCCUUCCAGCUUUCAUUAUAGAUGUGCAUUUCUAACCUAUUGAACUACAAAACAAGAACAGGCCAAGGAGGUCCAGGACAUGGAGAGCACCCCAGCAGAGAAGUUCAAAGGUGCAGAUCAAUCCACUGUACUGCCGAAGGAACAAUUCAGGGUUCAAUUUAUGUAUGAAUGAAAGAGCUUUUGGUCACCUUAGGAGAGAUGUAAAUGCUGUACCUUGUUGUAACUGCUGCUGUAUCUUUAACAUUAUGAACCUUAAAAUCCCCUUCUGGUACUUUUUUUUCUUUCAUCCAAACACUGCCAGUAAGUAAAGCAUUUCUCUCUUAGAUUUCAGACAAUUUAUGUAAAUACAGUGAACUAAUUUUAUCUAAAAAAUUCAGUUUCAGUUAAUUUGCAAAUGUAUAAAACUUUACACAAGUUUGUAAUAAAACUACAAACUGUG